UUAUUUGAAAAUAAUUUUGAUCCAGUUUUGAUUUUCCAGAUUAAUAUUUUAUCGAUUCGAUUUAUUAAUUGGUGGCGUUAAAAAAACAGCAACAACAACAAUGGAUGAAUAUACAACAUUUUCACCAUCAAUCAAUCAGAUAAAAAGAGAUCCAAUGAUUUAUGUUCGUGAUUUAACAACAAAAUCAUCAGUUACAUUAGAAGAAUUAUUAAAUGCACGUAAAACUGUACAGAAUUGUGCCGAUGAAACAAAUACACAAUUGAAAAAAAAUGUUUAUAAAAAUUAUCAACUAUUUAUUGAUACAUCACAAGAAAUAUCAUAUUUAAAAAGUGAAAUGUCACAAUUAAGUAGCUAUUUGAAUGAUGAAUAUAAAUUACUUGAAUCAUUAUUAUCGAUUUCAAUUGGUGGAUCAAAAACCGGCCUGACAUUAAGUGAAAAAAAAGAAGCACAAGAAAAAGUAAAAGAAGAACGUGAACGUAAAAUGUUACAAAUGUCACAAUCAACAAUGAAUGGUCCAUUACCAACAAAAGAAUUUCGUACAAUUAUCGAUAAUAUUGAAGGUGGUUCAGGUAUGUUAAAUAAUCGACAAAAUUCUUUGGUUUAUUGUGAUGGUGAAGUUAUUGAAUUGGAUGAAAAUUAUUCCGAAAUACAAAAUCUUUAUCUUGUUCUACUGAAUGAUGCAUUAAUUAUUUCAACUGUUAAUAUUGAUCGUACAAUGUCAAUUUCAAAUAAAACAUCAUUCAAUCAAAUACCAAUACGAAAAUAUAAAUUUCAAUCAAUUAUCGAUCUAGAAUUGAUUGCUGUUGUUAAUGUUAAAGAUAGACGUUAUAAUAAAUUUGAAAUGGCAUUCAAAAUUCUGAUGGGACCACCUGAUAAAGUAUUUCUUACAAAUUCACCUGCUAAAAAGAAAGCAUGGAUUGAUGCAUUUGAAGCAGCAAAAAAAUAUCUUCGUUUACAACGACAUGAUACACUUUAUAAUAUUUCAUCGCAAUCAUCAAAUAAUUGUUCAUCAAUAACGGAUACAAAUGUAAUUGGAGGAGGAAAUCAUUAUUCAAAUCUUAUGUUAAGUCCAACAACAACAACAACAACAAUGAAUCAAACAAAAUCAUCACCAUUAACAUUUACAACAACAACAUUUGAAGAAAAUAAUGAAUUAUUAGAAGAAAAUAAUCAAAUGAUGGAUUUUGAAUUACCAAUAUGGUUAGUUGAAUUACCUGAUGAUCUUGAUGUUUAUAUUGCACAACGUAAUUUUGAUGAAGCAGUUAAAUUGGUUACACGUGCACAUGAACAUUUUUAUAUUUAUCCAAAAUGGUGUGAUAAUCAAAUGCAUGUUGAUUUAAAACUGAAAAUUGAUAAUAAAAUAUCGGAAUUAGUUGAAGCAUUAAGUAGUGAAUUAAAUGUUGCUGCUGAUCGUUCAUUACAAACUGGACCACGUGCAUCACGUCGUGCUGUUGCAUUAUUGGUACAAUUAGGUAAAUCAUCAUUAGCAAUAAGAUUAUUUUUAGAUCAACGAAAACGUUUAUUGAAAUAUUAUUUUAAACAACAAAAAAUUACUGAUGGUGCUACAAUAUCAUUCAUGAAACGUAUGACAAAUUUAUUUUUUAGUCAUUUUGUUAAAACAACAAAAGAAUUUUUACGUGCCUUUGAAAUUGAUCAAUCAGAAUGUUUUAAUCAAGAUUAUAAUAAUGAUAAUAAUCAACCAUCAAAUAAUUCAUCAUUAAAUUGGCAAAAUAGUGAUGAAUUUAUUAUUGGUAAUAAUAUAAAAUGUACAAAUAAUAAUUCAUUAAGCGCAUCUUAUAGUCAUACAGCAUUAGCAUGUUUGAAUUCAUGGAUUUAUGAUGAAUUUCAACGUUAUUUGGCUUUAUUUCCACGACAUGUAUUCAUUAAUCAGGUGAAUACAUUAGCCGCAGUUGAAUGUAUUUCAUUAGCAAUGAAUCAAUGUACAAAACUUCGACAAACAAUCGGUAUUGAUUUAUUAUUUGUAUUGAAUAAAACAUUAAAAAAUGAUAUAAAGAAUUUAAUACAAGAAAUUCAUAAUAAAUUUAUGGAAGCAAUUAAAUUACGUGCCAAUGAAAAUCCAAUACAACCAUUAACAUUUGAAACAAAAAUUAAAUUGAAUAAAUUUUUGGCUGAAAUGAAUGAAUAUGAUUUGGAUGUACAGGAUUUUAUUAUCAAAAAUAAUAAUGAUCCGAAAAUUUCAUAUAAAAUUAUGUUAAGCUAUAAUACAUGUACGUUUGCAAAAUCAUAUCUAAAUACAUUAAAAGAAUUACUUAAAUUAAUGCAUGAUCCAUAUUCAACACGUGCUAUCAACAAAAUUCUUGUACAAUCAUUUCAAUGGCAAAUGAAUUAUUUACGUGAUUCACUUUAUGAAAAUCGUAAUAAUAAUAAUGAUAAUCGAUUUAUGGAAGAAUUUAUAAGAAAAAAUAUUAUAUUUAUAUUGGAUAAAUUAAUACCGAUUGUUAUAAAAAAAUAUUGUGAAACAUUACAAGUACAUUCAUUUAAUCAAAUACAAACAGCUAGUUUACAAUAUUCACAUUUAAAAGAAAAUGAUGAAGAAAAUAAUACAAGACAAACAUCAUUAACACCUGAUUAUAAUAAUGAUGAUGAUUAUAAUAAUGAUGGUUAUGAUAAUCGCCAAUCUGAUCGUCGUUAUUUAUCACCAACACCAACACCACGUUCAAGAAAAAGUCGUACAUCACCAACAACAGCCAAUAAUUAUCAAGAUAGUCAACGUGGAUCAUCAACAUCAUCACCUGCAUCAACAACCACAGCCACUUAUCUGUGAUUUUUACUUUUCAAGCGCAAAUAUAUAAAACAAAAUUACAAAACAAAAAAAUUACUAAAACUUUUUGAAUUUAUUUUUUAUUAAUAAUAAUUUUAAUAAUCGCUUAUAAUUGAUGAUAUUGGACAAUUGAUCCAUUCAAAGAAAAUUUUUUUUUACAAGAUUAAAUGUAUUAAAUGUCGCA